AUGGGGAAAGAGGGCGUGGGCGGCCACACCGCCGUCGUCCGGGCCCCCGACGGCGAAUUCAGGACGUUUCCCCUCUCGAAAAAAGACAAGGGCGAGGCGCUGUUCUGCCAGGUGACAAAGGACCUGUCGAUCGAGGAGAAGGAGUACUUUUCCCUUUGCUUCUACGACAGGACUGGCGUCAGGCACUGGCUGUACAACGACAAGGCAAUUGGAAAACAACUAAAGGACUUGCCGUGGGAGUUCAGCUAUGAGGUCAAAUUCUUCCCCACACAGCCCACGGCACUCACCGAUGAGAGCGCCAGGUUCAACCUGUAUCAGCAGCUGAAGAAGGAUAUCCUUGUCGGAAGGCUGGCCGCAUCCUCAGAAGCCUACACGGUCCUUGGUGGUCUUCAGGUCCAAGCGGAGAUUGGCGACGUCCAGCAAAGCGCCGAGUACGAGAACUACCUGCAGACGACCCAAUUCUCGCCCAGCCCCGAGCCCGGCCAGAUCGACAAGAUCCGCCAGGAACAUCACAAGCACAAGGGCCAGACGCAAGAUGACGCGAUUUUGGGGUACCUGGACGCGUGCAAACAGUUGCCGAUGUAUGGCGUGUUUUUGUUCCCGGCAAAGGACAACAAGAACCACCCGGUGACUGUCGGCAUCUCCUCGUUCGGCAUCAACAUCUACCGCGAGCAGGCCCGUCUUCACAGCUUUGCCUGGCAGUACAUUGUCAAGAUUCGCUUCCGGAACCACGGAUUCCACAUUGACGUCAAGCCCGGGCAGGUGCACCCGAAAAAGGUGUCCACGGUCAGCUACACGAUGGCCACCCACCAUGACACGAAGCGGUGCUGGAAGUGUGGCGUGGAACAUCACACCUUUUUCCGCCUGAUCCAACCGGAAGAGACCCCCAGCGGUGUCCACUUCAGCUUCGGCUCCUCCCGUUUCGGCUACCACGGCCGCACGCAGUUCCAGACAAAGAUGGCCAGCCAGCUAUUCGAUCGGCCCGGCUCGGCCACCGUCACGCGCAGCGGGCAGCCGCUGGCAGCCAGAGGCACGCAGUCUAUGGAGAACGUGAACGCCGCCGACGACGCAGUGCACCACCAAGCUGAGCAUGCCCACCGCUCAUUCACCGCCCCAGAUGCCCGGCAGCGGAAGCGCGACAUCAAGGUUGGUGAGCUGAUGUCGGAUGAGGAGCUCGUCUACCUGCCCGUCGAGUCGCCCCUCUCAGCCGCAUACUACACGCAGGAGCCGCUAACUGCCUCCGCUGCUGCCGCUUCCCGUGGUGGCGCCGCUGUUCGCUUUGCGCAGGAGGAGACGCCUAGAGGGACCGGGACCAGAAAGAGACCGAGGCGACUGUUUGGCAGGGACAAAGGUCAGGGCAGUGGAGCAGUGCUGCUCUCUGCUCAUCUACCAGCUAACCCAGAGAAGACGGAGAGUCUGGAGCGUCAGGAGGAGAUCCCUGACGUGCCGAUUGGGUCGAUCUCGGCUGUGUACAGCAAGGGAUACUAUGCCACUCUACCUACACAGACCACUGCCAAGCCAUCCCCGGAUGAACUGGGCAGACAGGGAGAGUUGGCUGGUUACCCUAUCCGCUACUUUGUGGAUGUGCAGCACUCGGGGAGCUCAGAACGGUACCGCACCUCGCGACUGCGACAUACCGGCUCUGAGGAUACCAACGAGACCCUUGACUACGCCAACUAUCUAUUCCCUACUAUCGAGAAAGAACCGGUGGGGAGACUCGAGAAGUCUUCGGACCUCCCCGCUACCCAUCUAGCCGAACAUGUCGCCCUCAAGAAACCCCAGCCCACCGUACCCCGAAAGGCACACAAGAGAAAGGCCACCAAGAGGGGAUCCAUUGACUCGGAUAGCAGCUCCAACUCUAUUAGCAGUGACUCGAAGGAGCGUCAAGUUAGAAAACCGGAUUCCCGCCUUCUCGCCUUUCUACGUAAUAUUAGCCCCCGAAAAAGCCGUGACUCUACAACCCAAUCCUCUCAAUACCACUAUAUCUCAACCGAUCGAUAUGACGGGCCAAUGCAAUCCAUUCCCAGACAUCUUGAUAUUGGUCACAUACCCAUUCCUGCUGUUGAACAUGUAGAAUAUCCACUUGACCACCAACAAUCAAAACAACAAAAAGAAGCGCGACAGAAGACCGUUGUCGUCGUCGAAGAAGAGACCAAGACCACGAAACGCUUCUUCUUGUUCGGAAGGACAAGGCAUGAGGGCGAAGAAGAGGUCGCAGACAUCGUCGAUCCAUACAAUCUCGACACGACUGCUCAUGAAGGACCUCUUGACGAUCUGGCCCAUGAGAAAGACCUCGAGGGAGCCCCACUUGCCGAACACGCGACUGCCUAUCAUCAUGGCGAGUCGUGGCGGAAGUCGAAGAAGGAGGCAUCGCCUGUCCUGGCUGUGGAAACACCUGAAGAGACCCAGAGGACAGCCGUUGUCUACCUCAAGGAGGUACCACAAGACGAACAACCCGAAGUGGACGAGACCUCGAUCGACGAGAAGAAGAAGCGUGGCUUCGGAUUCCACUUGCCCUCUCUCAAGUUCGGAAGCAAGAAGGGAUCCAAGGACAUCAGCCAUGAGGAGCCCUAUCCCUCGACUUCCGACAAGUACGAAGGACCUCUUGAUGAGGUGGAUCGUGAAAAUGACCUCGAGAAGUUGCCCCUUGAAGCUCAACCCAGCGAGCACAAGGAAACCAAGACAACGAAACGCUUCUUCUUGUUCGGAAGGACAAGACACGAGGGCGAAGAAGAGGUCGCAGACAUCGUCGAUCCAUACAAUCUCGACACGACUGCUCAUGAAGGACCUCUCGAGGAUCUGGCCCAUGAGAAAGACCUCGAGGGAGCCCCACUUGCCGAACACGCGACUGCUUAUCAUCAUGGCGAGUCGUGGCGGAAGUCGAAGAAGGAGGCAUCGCCUGUCCUGGCUGUAGAAACACCUGAAGAGCCCCAGAGGACAGCCGUUGUCUACCUCAAGGAGGUACCACAAGACGAACACCCCGAAGUGGCCGAGACCUCGAUCGACGAGAAGAAGAAGCGUGGCUUCGGAUUCCACCUGCCUUCCUUCAAAUUCGGAAGAAAGAAGGGAUCCAAGGACAUCAGCCAUGAGGAGCCCUAUCCCUCGACUUCUGACAAGUACGAAGGACCUCUUGAUGAGGUGGAUCGUGAGAACGACCUUGAGAAGUUGCCCCUUGAAGCUCAACCCAGCGAGCACAAGGAAACCAAGAAAACGAAACGCUUCUUCUUGUUCGGAAGGACAAGACACGAGGGCGAAGAAGAGGUCGCAGACAUCGUCGAUCCAUACAAUCUCGACACGACUGCUCAUGAAGGACCUCUUGACGAUCUGGCCCAUGAGAAAGACCUCGAGGGAGCCCCACUUGCCGAACACGCGACGGCCUAUCAUCAUGGCGAGUCGUGGCGGAAGUCGAAGAAGGAGGCAUCGCCUGUCCUGGCUGUGGAAACACCUGAAAAGCCCCAGAGGACAGCCGUUGUCUACCUCAAGGAGGUACCACAAGACGAACAACCCGAAGUGGCCGAGACCUCGAUUGACGAGAAGAAGAAGCGUGGCUUCGGAUUCCACUUGCCCUCUCUCAAGUUCGGAAGCAAGAAGGGAUCCAAGGACAUCAGCCAUGAGGAGCCCUAUCCCUCGACUUCUGACAAGUACGAAGGACCUCUUGAUGAGGUGGAUCGUGAGAACGACCUCGAGAAGUUGCCCCUUGAAGCUCAACCCAGCGAGCACAAGGAAACCAAGACAACGAAACGCUUCUUCUUGUUCGGAAGGACAAGACACGAGGGCGAAGAAGAGGUCGCAGACAUCGUCGAUCCAUACAAUCUCGACACGACUGCUCAUGAAGGACCUCUUGACGAUCUGGCCCAUGAGAAAGACCUCGAGGGAGCCCCACUUGCCGAACACGCGACUGCCUAUCAUCAUGGCGAGUCGUGGCGGAAGUCGAAGAAGGAGGCAUCGCCUGUCCUGGCUGUGGAAACACCUGAAGAGGCCCAGAGGACAGCCGUUGUCUACCUGAAGGAGGUACCACAAGACGAACAACCCGAAUUGGCCGAGACUUCGAUUGACGAGAAGAAGAAGCGUGGCUUCGGAUUCCACUUGCCCUCCUUCAAAAUCGGAGGAAAGAAGGGAUCCAAGGACAUCAGCCAUGAGGAGCCCUAUCCCUCGACUUCUGACAAGUACGAAGGACCUCUUGAUGAGGUGGAUCGUGAGAACGACCUCGAGAAGUUGCCCCUUGAAGCUCAACCCAGCGAGCACAAGGAAACCAAGACAACGAAACGUUUCUUCUUGUUCGGAAGGACGAGACACGAGGGCGAAGAAGAGGUCGCAGACAUCGUCGAUCCAUACAAUCUCGACACGACUGCUCAUGAAGGACCUCUUGCUGACCUUCCACGAGAACAAGAUCUGGAAGGAGCCCCACUUGCCGAACACGCGACUGCCUAUCAUCAUGGCGAGUCGUGGCGGAAGUUGAAGAAGGAGGCAUCGCCUGUCCUGGCUGUGGAAACACCUGAAGAGACCCAGAGGACAGCCGUUGUCUACCUGAAGGAGGUACCACAAGACGAACAACCCGAAGUGGCCGAGACCUCGAUCGACGAGAAAAAGAAGCGUGGCUUCGGAUUCCACUUGCCUUCUCUCAAGUUCGGAAGCAAGAAGGGAUCCAAGGACAUCAGCCAUGAGAAGCCCUAUCCCUCGACUUCUGACAAGUACGAAGGACCUCUUGAUGAGGUGGAUCGUGAGAACGACCUCGAGAAGUUGCCCCUUGAAGCUCAACCCAGCGAGCACAAGGAAACCAAGACAACGAAACGUUUCUUCUUGUUCGGAAGGACAAGACACGAGGGCGAAGAAGAGGUCGCAGACAUCGUCGAUCCAUACAAUCUCGACACGACUGCUCAUGAAGGACCUCUUGCUGACCUUCUCACGAGAAAAGACCUGGAAGGAGCCCCGCUUGCCGAACACGCGACUGCCUAUCAUCAUGGCGAGUCCUGGCGGAAGUCGAAGAAGGAGGGAUCGCCUGUCCUGGCUGUGGAAACACCUGAAGAGACCCAGAGGACAGCCGUUGUCUACCUGAAGGAGGUACCACAAGACGAACAACCCGAAUUGGCCGAGACCUCGAUUGACGAGAAGAAGAAGCGUGGCUUCGGAUUCCACUUGCCCUCCUUCAAAAUCGGAGGAAAGAAGGGAUCCAAGGACAUCAGCCAUGAGGAGCCCUAUCCCUCGACUUCUGACAAGUACGAAGGACCUCUUGAUGAGGUGGAUCGUGAGAACGACCUCGAGAAGUUGCCCCUUGAAGCUCAACCCAGCGAGCACAAGGAAACCAAGACAACGAAACGCUUCUUCUUGUUCGGAAGGACAAGACACGAGGGCGAAGAAGAGGUCGCAGACAUCGUCGAUCCAUACAAUCUCGACACGACUGCUCAUGAAGGCCCUCUUGCUGACCUUCCACGAGAACAAGAUCUGGAAGGAGCCCCACUUGCCGAACACGCGACUGCCUAUCAUCAUGGCGAGUCGUGGCGGAAGUCGAAGAAGGAGGCAUCGCCUGUCCUGGCCGUGGAAACACCUGAAGAGACCCAGAGGACAGCCGUUGUCUACCUGAAGGAGGUACCACAAGACGAACAACCCGAAGUGGCCGAGACCUCGAUCGACGAGAAAAAGAAGCGUGGCUUCGGAUUCCACUUGCCUUCUCUCAAGUUCGGAAGCAAGAAGGGAUCCAAGGACAUCAGCCAUGAGGAGCCCUAUCCCUCGACUUCUGACAAGUACGAAGGACCUCUUGAUCAGGUGGAUCGUGAGAACGACCUCGAGAAGUUGCCCCUUGAAGCUCAACCCAGCGAGCACAAGGAAACCAAGACAACGAAACGCUUCUUCUUGUUCGGAAGGACGAGACACGAGGGCGAAGAAGAGGUCGCAGACAUCGUCGAUCCAUACAAUCUCGACACGACUGCUCAUGAAGGCCCUCUUGCUGACCUUCCACGAGAACAAGAUCUGGAAGGAGCCCCACUUGCCGAACACGCGACUGCUUAUCAUCAUGGCGAGUCCUGGCGGAAGUCGAAGAAGGAGGCAUCGCCUGUCCUGGCUGUGGAAACACCUGAAGAGACCCAGAGGACAGCCGUUGUCUACCUGAAGGAGGUACCACAAGACGAACAACCCGAAGUGGCCGAGACCUCGAUCGACGAGAAGAAGAAGCGUGGCUUCGGAUUCCACUUGCCCUCCUUCAAAAUCGGAGGAAAGAAGGGAUCCAAGGACAUCAGCCAUGAGGAGCCCUAUCCCUCGACUUCUGACAAGUACGAAGGACCUCUUGAUGAGGUGGAUCGUGAGAACGACCUCGAGAAGUUGCCCCUUGAAGCUCAACCCAGCGAGCACAAGGAAACCAAGACAACGAAACGCUUCUUCUUGUUCGGAAGGACAAGACACGAGGGCGAAGAAGAGGUCGCAGACAUCGUCGAUCCAUACAAUCUGGACACGACUGCUCAUGAAGGACCUCUUGACGAUCUGUCUCAUGAGAAAGACCUGGAAGGAGCCCCGCUUGCCGAACACGCGACUGCUUAUCAUCAUGGCGAGUCCUGGCGGAAGUCGAAGAAGGAGGCAUCGCCUGUCCUGGCUGUGGAAACACCUGAAGAGGCCCAGAGGACAACCGUUGUCUACCUGAAGGAGGUACCACAAGACGAACAACCCGAAGUGGCCGAGACCUCGAUCGACGAGAAGAAGAAGCGUGGCUUCGGAUUCCACUUGCCCUCCUUCAAAAUCGGAGGAAAGAAGGGAUCCAAGGACAUCAGCCAUGAGGAGCCCUAUCCCUCGACUUCUGACAAGUACGAAGGACCUCUUGAUGAGGUGGAUCGUGAGAACGACCUCGAGAAGUUGCCCCUUGAAGCUCAACCCAGCGAGCACAAGGAAACCAAGACAACGAAACGCUUCUUCUUGUUCGGAAGGACGAGACACGAGGGCGAAGAAGAGGUCGCAGACAUCGUCGAUCCAUACAAUCUCGACACGACUGCUCAUGAAGGACCUCCUGCUGACCUUCCACGAGAACAAGAUCUGGAAGGAGCCCCACUUGCCGAACACGCGACUGCUUAUCAUCAUGGCGAGUCCUGGCGGAAGUCGAAGAAGGAGGCAUCGCCUGUCCUGGCCGUGGAAACACCUGAAGAGACCCAGAGGACAGCCGUUGUCUACCUGAAGGAGGUACCACAAGACGAACAACCCGAAGUGGCCGAGACCUCGAUCGACGAGAAGAAGAAGCGUGGCUUCGGAUUCCACUUGCCUUCUCUCAAGUUCGGAAGCAAGAAGGGAUCCAAGGACAUCAGCCAUGAGGAGCCCUAUGCCUCGACUUCUGACAAGUACGAAGGACCUCUUGAUCAGGUGGAUCGUGAGAACGACCUCGAGAAGUUGCCCCUUGAAGCUCAACCCAGCGAGCACAAGGAAACCAAGACAACGAAACGUUUCUUCUUGUUCGGAAGGACGAGACACGAGGGCGAAGAAGAGGUCGCAGACAUCGUCGAUCCAUACAAUCUCGACACGACUGCUCAUGAAGGCCCUCUUGCUGACCUUCCACGAGAACAAGAUCUGGAAGGAGCCCCACUUGCCGAACACGCGACUGCUUAUCAUCAUGGCGAGUCCUGGCGGAAGUCGAAGAAGGAGGGAUCGCCUGUCCUGGCUGUGGAAACACCUGAAGAGACCCAGAGGACAGCCGUUGUCUACCUGAAGGAGGUACCACAAGACGAACAACCCGAAGUGGCCGAGACCUCGAUCGACGAGAAGAAGAAGCGUGGCUUCGGAUUCCACUUGCCCUCCUUCAAAAUCGGAGGAAAGAAGGGAUCCAAGGACAUCAGCCAUGAGGAGCCCUAUCCCUCGACUUCUGACAAAUACGAAGGACCUCUUGAUGAGGUGGAUCGUGAGAACGACCUCGAGAAGUUGCUCUUUGAAGCUCAACCCAGCGAACACAAGGAAACCAAGACAACGAAACGUUUCUUCUUGUUCGGAAGGACGAGACACGAGGGCGAAGAAGAGGUCGCAGACAUCGUCGAUCCAUACAAUCUCGACACGACUGCUCAUGAAGGACCUCUUGCUGACCUUCCACGAGAACAAGAUCUGGAAGGAGCCCCACUUGCCGAACACGCGACUGCCUAUCAUCAUGGCGAGUCGUGGCGGAAGUCGAAGAAGGAGGCAUCGCCUGUCCUGGCCGUGGAAACACCUGAAGAGACCCAGAGGACAGCCGUUGUCUACCUGAAGGAGGUACCACAAGACGAACAACCCGAAGUGGCCGAGACCUCGAUCGACGAGAAAAAGAAGCGUGGCUUCGGAUUCCACUUGCCUUCUCUCAAGUUCGGAAGCAAGAAGAGAUCCAAGGACAUCAGCCAUGAGGAGCCCUAUCCCUCGACUUCUGACAAGUACGAAGGACCUCUUGAUGAGGUGGAUCGUGAGAACGACCUCGAGAAGUUGCCCCUUGAAGCUCAACCCAGCGAGCACAAGGAAACCAAGACAACGAAACGUUUCUUCUUGUUCGGAAGGACGAGACACGAGGGCGAAGAAGAGGUCGCAGACAUCGUCGAUCCAUACAAUCUCGACACGACUGCUCAUGAAGGACCUCUUGCUGACCUUCCACGAGAACAAGAUCUGGAAGGAGCCCCACUUGCCGAACACGCGACUGCCUAUCAUCAUGGCGAGUCCUGGCGGAAGUCGAAGAAGGAGGCAUCGCCUGUCCUGGCUGUGGAAACACCUGAAGAGACCCAGAGGACAGCCGUUGUCUACCUGAAGGAGGUACCACAAGACGAACAACCCGAAGUGGCCGAGACCUCGAUCGACGAGAAGAAGAAGCGUGGCUUCGGAUUCCACUUGCCCUCCUUCAAAAUCGGAGGAAAGAAGGGAUCCAAGGACAUCAGCCAUGAGGAGCCCUAUCCCUCGACUUCUGACAAAUACGAAGGACCUCUUGAUGAGGUGGAUCGUGAGAACGACCUCGAGAAGUUGCCCCUUGAAGCUCAACCCAGCGAGCACAAGGAAACCAAGACAACGAAACGUUUCUUCUUGUUCGGAAGGACGAGACACGAGGGCGAAGAAGAGGUCGCAGACAUCGUCGAUCCAUACAAUCUCGACACGACUGCUCAUGAAGGACCUCUUGACGAUCUGUCUCAUGAGAAAGACCUGGAGGGAGCCCCACUUGCCGAACACGCGACUGCCUAUCAUCAUGGCGAGUCCUGGCGGAAGUCGAAGAAGGAGGCAUCGCCUGUCCUGGCUGUGGAAACACCUGAAGAGGCCCAGAGGACAGCCGUUGUCUACCUGAAGGAGGUACCACAAGACGAACAACCCGAAGUGGCCGAGACCUCGAUCGACGAGAAGAAGAAGCGUGGCUUCGGAUUCCACUUGCCCUCCUUCAAAAUCGGAGGAAAGAAGGGAUCCAAGGACAUCAGCCAUGAGGAGCCCUAUCCCUCGACUUCUGACAAGUACGAAGGACCUCUUGAUCAGGUGGAUCGUGAGAACGACCUCGAGAAGUUGCCCCUUGAAGCUCAACCCAGCGAGCACAAGGAAACCAAGACAACGAAACGUUUCUUCUUGUUCGGAAGGACGAGACACGAGGGCGAAGAAGAGGACCUCUUGCUGACCUUCUCACGAGAACAAGACCUGGAAGGAGCCCCACUUGCCGAACACGCGACUGCUUAUCAUCAUGGCGAGUCCUGGCGGAAGUCGAAGAAGGAGGCAUCGCCUGUCCUGGCUGUGGAAACACCUGAAGAGACCCAGAGGACAGCCGUUGUCUACCUGAAGGAGGUACCACAAGACGAACAACCCGAAGUGGCCGAGACCUCGAUCGACGAGAAGAAGAAGCGUGGCUUCGGAUUCCACUUGCCCUCCUUCAAAAUCGGAGGAAAGAAGGGAUCCAAGGACAUCAGCCAUGAGGAGCCCUAUCCCUCGACUUCUGACAAGUACGAAGGACCUCUUGAUCAGGUGGAUCGUGAGAACGACCUCGAGAAGUUGCCCCUUGAAGCUCAACCCAGCGAGCACAAGGAAACCAAGACAACGAAACGUUUCUUCUUGUUCGGAAGGACGAGACACGAGGGCGAAGAAGAGGUCGCAGACAUCGUCGAUCCAUACAAUCUCGACACGACUGCUCAUGAAGGACCUCUUGCUGACCUUCCACGAGAACAAGAUCUGGAAGGAGCCCCACUUGCCGAACACGCGACUGCCUAUCAUCAUGGCGAGUCGUGGCGGAAGUCGAAGAAGGAGGCAUCGCCUGUCCUGGCCGUGGAAACACCUGAAGAGACCCAGAGGACAGCCGUUGUCUACCUGAAGGAGGUACCACAAGACGAACAACCCGAAGUGGCCGAGACCUCGAUCGACGAGAAAAAGAAGCGUGGCUUCGGAUUCCACUUGCCUUCUCUCAAGUUCGGAAGCAAGAAGGGAUCCAAGGACAUCAGCCAUGAGGAGCCCUAUGCCUCGACUUCUGACAAGUACGAAGGACCUCUUGAUCAGGUGGAUCGUGAGAACGACCUCGAGAAGUUGCCCCUUGAAGCUCAACCCAGCGAGCACAAGGAAACCAAGACAACGAAACGUUUCUUCUUGUUCGGAAGGACGAGACACGAGGGCGAAGAAGAGGACCUCUUGCUGACCUUCUCACGAGAACAAGACCUGGAAGGAGCCCCACUUGCCGAACACGCGACUGCCUAUCAUCAUGGCGAGUCGUGGCGGAAGUCGAAGAAGGAGGCAUCGCCUGUCCUGGCUGUGGAAACACCUGAAGAGACCCAGAGGACAGCCGUUGUCUACCUGAAGGAGGUACCACAAGACGAACAACCCGAAGUGGCCGAGACCUCGAUCGACGAGAAAAAGAAGCGUGGCUUCGGAUUCCACUUGCCUUCUCUCAAGUUCGGAAGCAAGAAGGGAUCCAAGGACAUCAGCCAUGAGGAGCCCUAUCCCUCGACUUCUGACAAGUACGAAGGACCUCUUGAUCAGGUGGAUCGUGAGAACGACCUCGAGAAGUUGCCCCUUGAAGCUCAACCCAGCGAGCACAAGGAAACCAAGACAACGAAACGUUUCUUCUUGUUCGGAAGGACGAGACACGAGGGCGAAGAAGAGGUCGCAGACAUCGUCGAUCCAUACAAUCUCGACACGACUGCUCAUGAAGGACCUCUUGCUGACCUUCCACGAGAACAAGAUCUGGAAGGAGCCCCACUUGCCGAACACGCGACUGCCUAUCAUCAUGGCGAGUCGUGGCGGAAGUCGAAGAAGGAGGCAUCGCCUGUCCUGGCUGUGGAAACACCUGAAGAGACCCAGAGGACAGCCGUUGUCUACCUGAAGGAGGUACCACAAGACGAACAACCCGAAGUGGCCGAGACCUCGAUCGACGAGAAGAAGAAGCGUGGCUUCGGAUUCCACUUGCCCUCCUUCAAAAUCGGAGGAAAGAAGGGAUCCAAGGACAUCAGCCAUGAGGAGCCCUAUCCCUCGACUUCUGACAAGUACGAAGGACCUCUUGAUGAGGUGGAUCGUGAGAACGACCUCGAGAAGUUGCCCCUUGAAGCUCAACCCAGCGAGCACAAGGAAACCAAGACAACGAAACGUUUCUUCUUGUUCGGAAGGACGAGACACGAGGGCGAAGAAGAGGUCGCAGACAUCGUCGAUCCAUACAAUCCCGACACGACUGCUCAUGAAGGACCUCCUGCUGACCUUCCACGAGAACAAGACCUGGAAGGAGCCCCACUUGCCGAACACGCGACUGCCUAUCAUCAUGGCGAGUCGUGGCGGAAGUCGAAGAAGGAGGCAUCGCCUGUCCUGGCCGUGGAAACACCUGAAGAGACCCAGAGGACAGCCGUUGUCUACCUGAAGGAGGUACCACAAGACGAACAACCCGAAGUGGCCGAGACCUCGAUCGACGAGAAGAAGAAGCGUGGCUUCGGAUUCCACUUGCCCUCCUUCAAAAUCGGAGGAAAGAAGGGAUCCAAGGACAUCAGCCAUGAGGAGCCCUAUGCCUCGACUUCUGACAACGAGCACAAGGAAACCAAGACAACGAAACGUUUCUUCUUGUUCGGAAGGACGAGACACGAGGGCGAAGAAGAGGUCGCAGACAUCGUCGAUCCAUACAAUCUCGACACGACUGCUCAUGAAGGACCUCUUGCUGACCUUCCACGAGAACAAGAUCUGGAAGGAGCCCCACUUGCCGAACACGCGACUGCCUAUCAUCAUGGCGAGUCGUGGCGGAAGUCGAAGAAGGAGGCAUCGCCUGUCCUGGCUGUGGAAACACCUGAAGAGACCCAGAGGACAGCCGUUGUCUACCUGAAGGAGGUACCACAAGACGAACAACCCGAAGUGGCCGAGACCUCGAUCGACGAGAAAAAGAAGCGUGGCUUCGGAUUCCACUUGCCUUCUCUCAAGUUCGGAAGCAAGAAGGGAUCCAAGGACAUCAGCCAUGAGGAGCCCUAUGCCUCGACUUCUGACAAGUACGAAGGACCUCUUGAUCAGGUGGAUCGUGAGAACGACCUCGAGAAGUUGCCCCUUGAAGCUCAACCCAGCGAGCACAAGGAAACCAAGACAACGAAACGUUUCUUCUUGUUCGGAAGGACGAGACACGAGGGCGAAGAAGAGGUCGCAGACAUCGUCGAUCCAUACAAUCUCGACACGACUGCUCAUGAAGGACCUCUUGCUGACCUUCCACGAGAACAAGAUCUGGAAGGAGCCCCACUUGCCGAACACGCGACUGCCUAUCAUCAUGGCGAGUCGUGGCGGAAGUCGAAGAAGGAGGCAUCGCCUGUCCUGGCUGUGGAAACACCUGAAGAGACCCAGAGGACAGCCGUUGUCUACCUGAAGGAGGUACCACAAGACGAACAACCCGAAGUGGCCGAGACCUCGAUCGACGAGAAGAAGAAGCGUGGCUUCGGAUUCCACUUGCCCUCCUUCAAAAUCGGAGGAAAGAAGGGAUCCAAGGACAUCAGCCAUGAGGAGCCCUAUCCCUCGACUUCUGACAAAUACGAAGGACCUCUUGAUGAGGUGGAUCGUGAGAACGACCUCGAGAAGUUGCCCCUUGAAGCUCAACCCAGCGAGCACAAGGAAACCAAGACAACGAAACGUUUCUUCUUGUUCGGAAGGACGAGACACGAGGGCGAAGAAGAGGUCGCAGACAUCGUCGAUCCAUACAAUCUCGACACGACUGCUCAUGAAGGACCUCUUGCUGACCUUCCACGAGAACAAGAUCUGGAAGGAGCCCCACUUGCCGAACACGCGACUGCCUAUCAUCAUGGCGACUCGUGGCGGAAGUCGAAGAAGGAGGCAUCGCCUGUCCUGGCCGUGGAAACACCUGAAGAGACCCAGAGGACAGCCGUUGUCUACCUGAAGGAGGUACCACAAGACGAACAACCCGAAGUGGCCGAGACCUCGAUCGACGAGAAGAAGAAGCGUGGCUUCGGAUUCCACUUGCCCUCCUUCAAAAUCGGAGGAAAGAAGGGAUCCAAGGACAUCAGCCAUGAGGAGCCCUAUCCCUCGACUUCUGACAAGUACGAAGGACCUCUUGAUGAGGUGGAUCGUGAGAACGACCUCGAGAAGUUGCCCCUUGAAGCUCAACCCAGCGAGCACAAGGAAACCAAGACAACGAAACGUUUCUUCUUGUUCGGAAGGACGAGACACGAGGGCGAAGAAGAGGUCGCAGACAUCGUCGAUCCAUACAAUCUCGACACGACUGCUCAUGAAGGACCUCCUGCUGACCUUCCACGAGAACAAGAUCUGGAAGGAGCCCCACUUGCCGAACACGCGACUGCCUAUCAUCAUGGCGAGUCGUGGCGGAAGUCGAAGAAGGAGGCAUCGCCUGUCCUGGCCGUGGAAACACCUGAAGAGACCCAGAGGACAGCCGUUGUCUACCUGAAGGAGGUACCACAAGACGAACAACCCGAAGUGGCCGAGACCUCGAUCGACGAGAAAAAGAAGCGUGGCUUCGGAUUCCACUUGCCUUCUCUCAAGUUCGGAAGCAAGAAGGGAUCCAAGGACAUCAGCCAUGAGGAGCCCUAUCCCUCGACUUCUGACAAGUACGAAGGACCUCUUGAUCAGGUGGAUCGUGAGAACGACCUCGAGAAGUUGCCCCUUGAAGCUCAACCCAGCGAGCACAAGGAAACCAAGACAACGAAACGUUUCUUCUUGUUCGGAAGGACGAGACACGAGGGCGAAGAAGAGGUCGCAGACAUCGUCGAUCCAUACAAUCUCGACACGACUGCUCAUGAAGGACCUCUUGCUGAUCUGUCUCAUGAGAAAGACCUGGAAGGAGCCCCACUUGCCGAACACGCGACUGCCUAUCAUCAUGGCGAGUCGUGGCGGAAGUCGAAGAAGGAGGCAUCGCCUGUCCUGGCUGUGGAAACACCUGAAGAGACCCAGAGGACAGCCGUUGUCUACCUGAAGGAGGUACCACAAGACGAACAACCCGAAGUGGCCGAGACCUCGAUCGACGAGAAGAAGAAGCGUGGCUUCGGAUUCCACUUGCCCUCCUUCAAAAUCGGAGGAAAGAAGGGAUCCAAGGACAUCAGCCAUGAGGAGCCCUAUCCCUCGACUUCUGACAAGUACGAAGGACCACUUGAUGAGGUGGAUCGUGAGAACGACCUCGAGAAGUUGCCGAUUGGUGCUGAAACAUCCGCCGAACAAUCGAAGCAAGAACGAGGCAAGGAGGGGCGCCGAAUCCGGUGGUCUGUCAGUCUGCCAACAAAGUCGCUGCGGAUCUUUGAGCGACUGCGACACGGCGGCGAAGAAGAAGUGGCGGACCCGGUUGCGCAAAGCUAUCAGGUCCCAGUCAUUGAUGAAAGCGUCGACACACAACUUGGAUAUUCCAACAUGCCACACUCCGAGUUGGCCGUGUUCCCGAAACUACCAAGCGAGAGACCUGUCUUAGCUCUGGUGCAGCGACUGAAAACCUUUGCUCGUUUGACCCACGCCGGGCACGUUGAGUUCGUAGAACGAGAACAAAUCGACUGGUCAUCGUAUCCCGGAACAACCAUCUACGAAGGCGAGUACGACCUGACAACUCUAAACCCGGAUCUGUCGCACUCCAUCUUCAGCACAACCUGCUCUCCCUACCACCCAGGAGAGUACCAGCGACUUCCCUCGCUCCCGAAGUACACCCCAACCAAAUCCUACCAGCCACAGCUCAGCACCGAGGCCGACAAAUCCCCAGUCUUGGCCCUCGAACCACUAGCCGAGCUCGAAAGUCGACUCUGGAACCUGCAAGACCAGUUCGAGGGUACCGAAAUUGUCGAGGUGCGCAUCGAAAAGCGGUGCGAGAUCGAGCUGCACCCGCAGUACACGCUAGAGAAGCGACUGCGGGGCGGGGCUGGAGGGGGCGUGGCCUGGGUGCCGGUCAGCAGCCCGGGGAAGAGCCCAGAAAAGCAGGGAACUGACGCCGCCGCCGCCGCCACAACCACCAUGCCAGCCGGCAAGUCGCUGCUGCAGCGGCUCGGUUUAGCCAAGGCUGGCGCCGGGUCGACGAAGGAUGGAAAGCAGAAGAAAUCGAAGAAAGGGCACAAGGGACAGGAGAAUACGGUAGACACGUCAUCAACGAGUUCGGACAGCGAGGAGGAGAAGGCCCUCGUCGUUGUCCGCCAGACUACCAACACCCAUGCUUCGAGUCGUCCGGGUGCCGAAGUACCACCACAGACGAUGCACUACACGCCAGCGGAUGCGUCGUGUGGGGUGGUGAUCAGAGAGGAGAAAGAUCAGACGACGUAUCGGUUGACCGGAAAGGGGUUGACGCCACAUGUUGAUCCGAAAGACCCGGAGAGCGGCCAGCCACACACUACGGUACAGAGGUGGCAGGAGACGAAUAUCAUGCCCGAUCAGGUGGUACAAGAAGUUGAUGAUGAUGGACAUACCGUAACUCGAACCAUCAAGACCUCCCAAGUGAAAUCUACCGUCCAGAAGCAGACCUUCCAGAACUUUACGAUACCCGAGGACGAGAAUGGUGUCUCGACAGUGGAGCGAGUACACGAACAAGUCGUCCCGCGGGUAUCACCCAGUAAACAGGGAAAAGUAUACGAGACACACACAAGGACUGUCGCUUAUGAGAAUGGAUCACAAAAGGAACAGGAGCUACCCGGAGAGUUCGUUUCGUCAAAGACGGUCACUUCCGGAAAUCGAACUGUUGAGACGGUCACGUAUAAGACGGAGAGGGAUGGAGUGGUAGAGACGCACGUGGAGCAUCGAGUGACCAUCCAUUCCGAUGAUGCCAUCGACCAUGACGCGGAGCUGUCUCGUGCCAUCAUGGAGGCGACACAGUCAAACCCGGAGAUGACCGUCGAGAAGAUAGAGGUCGUCCAGGAGGCAAAGCAG